CCCCCCUGUGGAUCACAUACUUGACCGAUUGCGCUGCGCAAGAGUCUGAUGGAUCGUUUGAAUUCAGCGAUCCUCUCUGGGUAGAUGUGGUACAGUACAGUAGGUAGUUGUAGUGAAGGGGUCUGUGCGUGAGUGUGUGCGUGUGUGUGAGUGUUUGUGUGAAUGUGCACUCCUAGAAUAGAAAGCCAAAGGAAGAAGAAGGAGAAGAAGAGAGGCGGGAUCGGUUUGUGCCUUGUUGAAAUCCAGGGUGAAGCAAAUAGAUCGUCUGUAACUGAUCGAUCAGCAGUUCGCGCUCCCUUUGUGGAUUUGAUGGAUAUUUGAUCAGUGGAUGUGAUGCCCAUAUAUAUCAUCGACCGAAAAUUUCCCGACACACCUGGUGAGUUGAUUCAGCCGGCAGCAGAAAGAGGAGACCUGAGAAUGACAGAGACCAACCCCCCCAAGUCGGCUAAGAAGCCGCGCUGGACCUCCCUGGAGAUCGGCCUCAUCACUAUCGUCUCCUUGCUCUUCAUCGUCAUCGUGGCCCUCAUCAUCCUGUUUGCCACACAGAAGACCGAUGAAAUCUGCACCACAGCUGAUUGCACACAGUCAGCGUCUCGUCUCAUUGAGAACAUGGAUGCUACUGUGGACCCUUGUGACAACUUCUACCAGUAUGCCUGCGGAGGCUGGCUUAAAAAGAACAUCAUCCCAGAGACAAGCUCUAGAUACAGCACCUUUGACAUCUUACGAGAUGAACUGGAGGUCAUCCUCAAAGGUGUCCUUGAAAAAACAGUGGAGGGGGAAGCUGCUGCUCUCAUCAAGGCGAAGACCCUUUACAAGUCCUGUACUAAUGAGAGUUUAAUUGAGCUCAGAGGAGGGACUCCUUUGCUCUUCAUGCUGCCUGAUGUGUUUGAGUGGCCCAUAGCUGUGGACAACUGGGAAACCAACUAUGGUAAAACGUGGAAGUUGGAAGACGUCAUCGCCAAGCUGAAUGAGAAAUAUGGAACUCAGCUAUUGGUUAACUUUUUUGUCGGCACCGAUGACAGGGACUCCAAUUCACACAUCAUUCAUUUUGACCAACAGACAAGCCUCGGCCUCUUGUCCAGAGAUUACUACGCCUGCACUGGGCCCUACGCAGAGGCGUGUCGGGCCUAUGAGCAGUUCAUGAUCGACCUGGCUAAGCUGAUCCGCACUGACCGGAGACUGGCCAUCAAUGAAACCCGCAUCAGAGAGGAGGUGACACGAGUUAUGGACCUGGAGAGGGACAUCGCCAACGCUACUGAUACUCCAGAGGACCGUAACAAUCCAGUGUUGCUUUACAACAAGAUGGAACUGGGUGAUCUUAACGCCAACUUCACCCUUGAGGUUGAAUCACAGGUAUUUGACUGGAGUUACUUCACAGCAAAGAUAAUGGAUACGGUCAACAUCAGCGUUCCUGACACAGAGAAGGUCAUAAACUACUCCCCCAACUAUUACAGAAGACUCAACCUUAUCUUGGCCAGAUACACCAAGAGGGAUCUGCAGAACUACAUGGUGUGGCGUUUUGCUAUGAACAUGGUGGUGGGUCUGAGCAGAGCUUACAGGGACACCAGGAAAGCCUUCCGCAAGGCUCUGUCGGGUACAACGUCGGAAGCAGCCGUGUGGCGACAGUGUGCACUUUACGUCAACAACAACAUGGACAAUGCUGUUGGACGACUAUACGUGCAGGAGGCUUUCUCCGAAAAGAGCAAAGAACUGAUGGAAGAGAUGAUCAAAGAUAUUCGGGAAGUGUUCAUUAGUAACCUUGAUGACCUGACCUGGAUGGAUGCAGAGACCAAGAAAGCAGCUGAGGAGAAGGCCAGAGCUAUUCGGGAACGGAUCGGCUACUCUGACAACAUCAUGGAUGACGAAUACCUUAACAAUGAGUACAAAUAUCUGAGCUACAAUGCAGAGGAGUACUUUGAAAACAUCCUACAGAACCUGGAGUAUGUGCAGAAGAAACGCCUGCGGAAACUCAGAGUCAAAGUCAACAAAGAGGAGUGGGUAACAGGAGCUGCUGUUGUCAACGCUUUUUACUCAUCUAGCAAAAACCAAAUAGUGUUCCCUGCAGGUAUCCUCCAGCCGCCUUUCUUCAGCAAAGGCCAGGCUAAGUCUCUCAACUAUGGUGGCAUCGGCAUGGUAAUCGGUCACGAGAUCACACAUGGCUUUGAUGACAAUGGCCGUAACUACGAUAAGGAUGGUGACCUGAAGGACUGGUGGACACCAGACUCAACUCAGAGGUUCCUGGAGCUGUCAAAGUGCAUUGUCGAUCAGUAUGGCAACUUCUCUUGGGACCUAGCCAAUGGACUUAAUUUAAAUGGUAAUAACACCCUCGGGGAAAACAUUGCUGACAAUGGAGGGAUACGGCAAGCAUAUCAGGCCUACAAGAACUACGUGAAGGAGCAUGGAGAGGAGCCACCACUGCCUGGCAUUGACCUCUCCCAUGAUCAACUGUUCUUCCUAAACUUCGCUCAGGUGUGGUGUGGAACACACAGACCAGAGCAAGCUGUUAAUUCCAUUAAAGUAGAUGUACACAGUCCAGGGAAAUUCAGGGUACUGGGCUCCCUUCAGAAUUUCCCAGAAUUUGCCAAAGCAUUCAGCUGCAACAAGAGUAGCUACAUGGUUCCUGACAACAUCUGCCGUGUGUGGUGAUCCACAGACCUCUAGGAUGGGGCCUGUUCUCAUGUGGGUCAUCCCUGUCCCCCCUACAGUACCUCUCCCCUCUAACUGCUGGAGCACUCGUGGGUGGCUACAAGGAAGUGACAGCUCCCCUUGGCUCCUUACUGGACGGACCAGGGCUGGUGGACUGACACUGCAGUAUGCACUUCCUCCGAGGACAGCAGCGGACUGUACCCUCACGGACAGAUGGAGAACUGUCUCUCUCCAACUCUUAUACUGUAGUUCAUUCAAUCAGCCUGAUUACUCUGCUACUCACUGGAUACAAUCACUCUUUGUGUUUUUAUUUUUCUCUCCAUUUUAAUCUUGUUUUACUCGUCAUUUGUGAGUCUACCAAUGUGUAUGUGAGUGUGUUUCAGUCAAAAUGCUAUACAAGUAGUUGGCAAAAGAGGGGCAGACAGACAAAUACGCUUAAACCCACUGGCACAUGACUACACCACUCACCCACUCAUACUCACACACAUGUAACAGGGCUGAACCACUGUACUGUAUGUGGGACUGAGCUGUAUUCCUCUCAUAAAACCUCAGCUGGUUUCAGCCUUCAUCUACACGCUGAUACACUCUCCAAUGUACUCGUAUUGUACUCUUUGUUAAUACAUAGAACUAGAUUAGGUAAAUUAUUACAGAAAAUCAGAAUUUAUUUUGUCAAAUAGACCAGUAAGUAGUUAAUCGUGAUCACAUAUUAUACAAUAAUGCUCUGUAUUUAAUGUUCAUGACUUAACUGCAGUUGACAGGCGGCUGCUGUUCGUUAGCAGUAUGUCAAAUAAACCAAAAUGAAGUUUUUGCCUUUAAGAUGACAGUUGGUCAUGAAUCAUUGAGCUGACAAUCGACAGACACCAGAUCCUUUUUUCUACGUUCACUGAGCCUCCUGUGUGUUUCUGUGUGGAUGUAUGUCUCUGUGUGUUUUCCAAUCUUUGUAAGUCAUUAUGGUUGCUGCCUAUUGCUUGUCAAGCAAAUUGGUAUGCCUUACAUGAUCUGUUGUGCUACUGUUUGAGACUGUGUCUAUAUAUUCACGGGAGAACGUGUAAUGUAUCAUUAAAGGAAUAGUUUGUCUUUUUCAUAAAUAUGCUUAUUUGCUUUCUUGCCAAGAGUUAGAUGAGGAGACCCACACUCUCUACAGACAGCAGCCAGUUACCUUAGCUUAGCUUAAAGACAAGGGAACAGCUAACCUGGCUAUGUCCAAAGGAGAAAAAGAAAUUGCCUAACAGCACCUCUAAUUCACAAAUUCAAUAUUUAUGUCCUGUUUGUUUAUUCAGUGCAGAAACCAAAGUGCAAAAACACAGUCAUGGAGACUCUGCUGGGUGCCUGGCAACCUUACAGUGGCAAAGACUCCACGACUCGGAGUCUCUACACUUAAAUCUUUCUAUGGAAACAUAACGUGUUAAUUCAUGAGCUUUAAAUGUGCUGUGAUGGGGGGUAGUUUUUUUUUUUUUUUUUACAUUACGACAGAGCCAGGCUAACUGUUUCCUCUGUUUUUCAGUCUUUACGCUAAGUUAAGAUAGUUGUCUCCUGGCUGUAGCUUUAUAUUUAAUGAAUAUGAGAGUGGUGAUCUCAACGAACUGUCUGCAAGUAGGUGAAUAAGCCUAUUUUACAAAAUGUUAAACUAUGCGUUUGAGAAAGGCGUAGUGAUGUCUCAGUUUGAUCUUGGUUUAGCCACAUGAAGUGUGCUGUUUUACUCAUCUUUUUGUUUAAUGAUUCUUUUACAUAAAAAGAAGUCAGUUGACACAUGACAAGAUAAUUAAGGUUUCAAAGGGAUGUUUAUCUCAGCCAUUUGAAACUGCGGGCUACAGGAGUCUUUGCUGGAGCCUAAUGAACUUUACAAAAGUGCAUGCAUUUUUACUGAAUGCAGAAGGUCGUAUGAAAUCAGUUGAUUCUAAUUCACCAUUUUGUAUGGCUUUAUUUUCUAUGUUAAACUGUAUCCGAGGCUGUGAUACGAAGUUAUUAAUUGUGGAAAAAUUUGCCUUUGCCUUUUUAUAUAGAAAUUAGUGCAAUGAAUGAUGUGCCAUGAUCAUGUAGGCCACUUCUUCAGACUAUAUACAACACUGUCCAUGUUCAGCUUUUAUACAUUGUUGUUUUGUUCUCAUCGUUGUUUGUGCAAGCUUGUGUCUCUCAGUCACUGUCUCUCACUCCCUCAGGCUUUCUUUCUUUCUGCCUCUCUCUCACACACUCCACCUGUAGAAAGACAGAUAUACCUCAGUUGCCUGUAUUUAGAUACUUUAUAAUAAUGACUGAUAAUCAUCUUGAGGAGCAUUUUUUUUUCUUUCAAAAUAAAUCUUUAAAUAACA